AUGUCCAAGAUGCUUCUUCUCGCAGCCACCAUCCUUGGUCUCGCCACGGCCAGCCCUUUCAACUCCUUUCCCAUCAUGGAGCGACAAUCAUCUUCCAUCACCUGUCCAGACAUGAACCAGACCACUGUCAUCUCGAACGGCAAAUCUUUCGUGGUGGAAUGCGGAAUGGACCACGCAGGCGGCGAUCUUCCCAAUCAACCAGUCUAUGUCAACAGUCUGGCGCAAUGUGUUGCUGCUUGUGCUCAAGAGCCAAGCUGUGUUGACUUCACCCUCAGUGGAGCUGCUUGUUACAUGAAAGGCAGUGUGGGACCGACUGUGUACGGAGGUGCGAACGGAGCUAGGCUUAUUGGUGUUGAGUCUGGCGUGGUUUACUUGACUUGUGGUCAGGCUGCUUAG